ACUGUCGGCUUUCCAAAAUCCGUGUGCCGUUGCUCAAAGUGGACAAUCUGCCAGCGGCUCGUCGACCAUGAACAGGACAAUCGCGUGGAUCCGUCUGACCAGCAUACAUCGCGAUUGCAGGCGCCGGCUCGGCAACUGGCAAAGGUGAAACCUGAAACCAUAGAAAUUACGAUAUAA